GAGUUAUUUACAAGUAACCUUACUCUGAAUACUUUAAAAAAACAAUUCUAGUUAAUGAAAUCAUUUUACAACCUACUUAAAUAUACCUUUUGUUGAUAAGCUGACAUAAUGCUGUUUUUUAGUUUGUUUUUAAUAAGCGGAUAUUUUUCUCAAUGUUUUGCUAGUGAGGCAGUAGAGUUAUUUGCAAAUGGUAAUGUUAAAUAUUCAGGUAGCAUAUAUAAGGAGUUGGUUAUCGAUAAUAAGACCAAAGAUAAAAACUUUAUUACAAGUCCCCUUGGAGUACAAAUUAUUUUAGCCUUGGUUGGAGAAGGAUGCAAAGGGGUAACAGCUCAACAAUUAACCACAGGACUUCAAUUACCAAAUAUUAAAUAUAGAACAGAUAUUAUUAACAGUUUUGAGAAUCCUAUUAAAAGAGAUUCAUUCGAAGAAUCUUUGGCUAUUAAAUUGUACAUCUCCAAAAACUUUGUAGUACUUCCAUCGUUUCUGGAUCUGGCAAGAAAUACUUACAAAUCAGAUAUAGAAAAUAUUGAUUUUUCAAACAAUGUUUUAGCUGCUAAUAAUAUUAAUAAGUGGGUCGCUCAGGAAACAAAUAACACCAUUCAAGAUUUAGUAGAUGCCAAUGAAUUAAGUGCACUAACCAAAUUUGUUACCGUUAGUGCCUUAUAUUUUCAAGGACACUGGGCAAAAUCGUUUAGUUCUCAGGGAACAAAGGACCAAAGUUUCCUUCCAAGAUAUUGCAAUAACAAUAAAAUUGCCAAGAUAGUUAAAACAAUGAAUUCUAUUAAUACAUAUCUUUUUUUGGACUCAUCUGAACUGAAAGUCAAAUUUUUAGAAAUUCCUUAUAAAAACUCAAAUACAAGUAUGACUUUUGUAUUACCACAUGAGCAAGAUGGUUUAUGCUCUAUAGAAAAUAACAUUCAUAAGUAUCUAAAGAAGCAGAAAUUAACGAAUGAGUUAGUUGAUGUAUCUAUUCCUAAAUUUAAUAUUACCAGUUCAAUAAACUACAUACCACUGCUAAAAAAGUUAGGUAUUACUCAAGUAUUUGAAGAAUCGGCAGAUAUGACAGGCAUAUCAACCCAAAGAGAUCUUUUUAUUCAAUUUGUUACACAAAAAGCAUUUAUAGGAGUAAAUGAACAAGGGACCAAAGCUACAGCUGCAUCAUCAGUUGUUGGAGUAAUACGUUCAUUACCUUUGCCACCUCCAGAUACAGACUUAACAUUUAAAGCUGACCAUCCAUUCUUCUAUUAUAUUCGAGACAAUGACUCAGGAGUUAUUCUGUUUAUAGGAAGAUAUGUUCAGUAAUUUCACACCUCUUCUGAUAUCUAUAAAAAAAUAUAUAAAUAUAAAAAUUGCUAAUAUAUAAAUAUUAAAUGAAAAAAAUUUACAAAUAA